AUGGGCAUCUCUAACAAUCUACUUUAUGCUUUCCGGAUGGCAAAAUCCCACACCUUAGAGAUAAGAUGGAAAAAGACCAAAGAUCUCCUGUCGCGAUUAGCUACGCAAUUACUUCGAGUGAGGCUUACAACCCGAACAAAAGUUACAAUCUCGGCAAAGAACAAAGAGAACCCAGCAGGGAAUGACGCGGCGGGAGAUGAGGCUGACGGUUACAACAAUGGACCCGGGGUCAGCAGCGCCCAUCGGAAGAAACAAGGACCAACGUCACGUGACGAAGUCCCGCAUAUCGACGAAGUCCCUGGGACUACGGUAUCUUGGCGGGACUACGAUGACAAAGAAGGAUGGGAAGAAUGGUAUAUAGUGUAGGAC